GAUUGAGAAAGUCACAUCAAUUUAUCAUUUUCAGAAAUUCUUUCUUGCUCAUUUCUUGUUUUUUCCUGGUCGCUAUCAUGGCUAGAAAGAAGGUCGACAUUACAUACAUAAGCAAUCCCACCAAGAGGAAGGCAACUUUUAAAAAAAGGAAAAAUGGUUUGCUCAAAAAGGUUUCUGAAAUCAGCACCCUUUGCGCCACUGAAGCAUGUGCUAUAAUUUAUUCUCCAGAUGAACCUGCAAAGCCUGAGGUAUGGCCAUCUGACCAAGGAGUCAAAAGUGUGAUUUCCAGCUUUAGGGAAGUCUCUAAACUGGAACAAAGCAAGAAAAUGUUGUGCCAAGAGAGCUUGCUGAGGAAGAAUUUAAUCAAAGCCCAGGAGCAACUGAAAAAACUGAAAACAGAAAAUAGGAAAAAAGAGAUGUCCCUUCUCAUGUCUCAAUACUUCACAAUUGAGAACAACCUUGAGAAUUCCAACACCGUUGAUCUGAAUGAUAACUCAUUCUUGGCUGAUAAAAACUUGGAGGAAAUAAGAAUGAAAAUCGAUAUGCACCAACCCCAAGAGGUGGCACCAACUGUUGAGAAGGGAGGAGAAACCAUGUAUCUAGGAGAUCAAGGACUUGUGAAUUAUCAUGUCCAAGGACCUGAGACCAAUGGGGAUGCCAUGCCAAAUCUCUGAAAUGGUCUAUGGAAAACAUCGAUGGUUGUGGGGAUGGGAUGUUAACAAUUGAAGAUGUUAUUGUUAAAAGUGAUUCUUAACAAAUGCAUCCCUUGAAAAUGAUGUUCUUCUUGGCAAGGUUUCAAAGGCAUCUCUCUUGUUUGAGUUGUUCAGUGUUUUAUUUUCAUGUUUUUUUGUCUUUAAAUUAACGUGUUCAUGCUUAGACACAUGAAUAAUACCAAAUAAAAUUAAAACACUGUUGGUAUAUUUUAUGGA